GACACCUUCCACUAGAGCAGCUUGCUCAGUGCCCCAUCCAACCAGUCUGCAAAUACCUAAUGGGAGGGUAUGGGAUAAGAUGGAGCCAGACUCUUGCUGGGGAUGCACAUUCACCUGACAGAAGAUAAUACCACAAGCUGUAUCUUAUCUUCAGCACUGGGCAUGGUCAGACAGUGAAACAAGGGCCCAGAGAGUCUGUAGGAUCUCCAUCCAUGGAGAUACUCAAAGACAGAGUGCACAAAGCCCUAAGCAACCUGACUUAACCUUGAAGUAAGUCCUGCUUUGAGCUGCAGGUUGGGCCAGACCCUUCCAGAGUCUCCUUCCAACCUGAAUUAUCCUUCUUACAGAGAAAACCCUGCUGCCCAGACCUGUUGGGUCACACCGAAUCAACCAGGUUGGAAAAGACCUUGAAGAUCAUCAUCCCUGGCUGCAUGCCUUCAUUUUGGGAUAACGAGCUGUGGUUGUCAGGCAGGUUGCCAGGGAGGCUGACAUCAGACAUCCCUUCCCUAUAGAUUAUCAUGCACAGUAGCACCAUCAGCUCCUCAUCUGCAAAGAGACACCCAGAGGAAGCCCUGGAGGGUGUUCUGCGUCACUGGCCCGGGUUGCUUAGCACCAGUGGGCCAUGAAGAGGUGGCUUGGCAGCUGUUUUCCUCUGUGUGUCCUAUCGGAGAGCCAAACAUAGCAGCGGAGCAGCCGAGGUGAUGGCAGUGCAGGCAGGGAUGCUCGAGCUGCCCUUCAUCCGUGAUGACCAGCUCACCCGGUGCAUGAGGCUGCGAUUCCAGAGCCUGCAGCAGAAGAAUGGGAGGCCCCAGGAUGGUGAGAAGCUGCUGCAUCCCAACGAGCACGUCUACAGAGUGGAUUUCAUCCGGCAGCACAACCUGCGCUUCCUCCGCUGGGAUAUCCGGCUGGAAAGACCUGGGAAGGUCACAGUGACCGGCACUUCCCAGCACUGGACUCCUGAUCUCACCCACCUUAUGAACAGGCAGCUGCUAGAGCCGGUGGGUAUCUUCUGGAAGAAGCCAGGGGCUGAGGAUGUGGAAUGCAAUGAGGCAGAUGCCCAGGAAUUUGGGGAGCGGAUAGCGGAGUUAGCCCGCAUCCGUAAGGUGAUGUAUUUCCUCCUCGCUUUCACCGACGGCCUCGAACCAGCUCAGCUGAAGGGCUCCAUUGUUUUUAAAGCCUGAUCCUCUCCUGCUCUGCCCUUCCUCCUCCAGCUGUGCUUUUGUCUUUGUAUUCCUUUUAGUUUGGUUUCUGGUUCAGUUUUUAUGUGGUUCUCUAUGAGGGAUGGCAUCACUAAAAAGCGAAGGACAGCACUUCUGGAGCCCCUCAGCCCUGUGAAACAUUCCCCUACGUGCUGUCCUUUGGAUGAUGGGGAGGAAGGGGCCAUGAGCUUGCUGCUGUAUUUGCCUAGUGUGUACAAAUUCAGCAUGGAUUCUUCAGGUCUGACUGGUGCAGGGUCUUGCUAGCUUGGAAAUACGAGGCUGCUUUAAGCCCUACAACUGUGGCGACUGCACAGCAAAAACCUGAUGGAAAAACAUGGAAUUGCCAUCCUAGGAACAGGAGAGGCAGCCUGGAGACAGCCCUGGCUUCCAGUUUCCAUCCUACCUAUUACAAAGGAAAGGCUUGUGUGAGAUGCACUGCUUCUCCUUGCAAGGAUGCUGAAUGCUGCGACUGAGGCUGCUUGGUGUCUCUGAAGACCAGUCCCGUGGAGGACCGGCUUGCCGUGAAGCUGCAGUACAUUUGGACACGCUGUGCUCUGCAGAUGCCAAACCCACUGGAGAAACCGGUGCAGGGGGGCUGGAGCACCCUUUCUCUGACAGCCACCACCAUUUCUGGCUGGGGGUCAUUGUGGGGAGAUGUACUGCAGCACCUUGCUCACCUCGGGCUGCCUGGACACUGUUGGUCCUCAGAUGGGUUGGAGCAGGCGUUCCUGUGUGUGCAGCAGCUCGGAGCAGGCUGUAGGUCUGAGCCAGCAGUGACUGCCCUGCAGCAAAAGCAAUCUGUGCAUUGCUGUGGCCUUAAAGCACCCAUGAAUAGGUUUAUUCUGAAGCAUUUAGGGAGCCAGGAUGCUGCAGGGCACAUUGCAAACCACAGAGCAGGAGCCUGCUGCUGCUGUCUCCUACCCACUACAGCU